AUUCUUCUCCCCUCCGGUGGUGAUCAUCGGUGGAGAGAUCCCAGCAAUUUCCGAGCGAUUUGCUACAAGAGUAACAGAGAGUUAUGGGACCUUGACCCCUGAUCAGUUGAUCAUCAGUACACGAUCAGUACCACCUGAGCUACUGUUUCUAUUUCUGAAAGCUGAAAGGCUAGUAGAGCUGGUGUUGUAAAUCCUCGCUUUUUUCCACUUCAACUUCAUACGACACGGUUCAUCGCUGCUGAGAUCAUGCCCGUAUUUCAUACCAAAACCAUUGAAGGCAUUUUGGAGCCUGUGGCACAACAGGUAUCACGUUUGGUAAUUCUUCAUGAAGAAGCCGAAGAUGGAAAUGCAGUGCCAGAUCUUACCCGACCCGUUGGUGCUGUAUCUCGAGCGGUUGAUAAUCUCAUCAAGGUUGGCUAUGAUACGUGUCAUUCGUCGGAUGAUCGAAUUCUACAAGCAGAUAUGCCACCAGCUUUACAGCGAGUAGAAGCUAGCUCUCGUUUGUUGGAGGAUGCUUGCCAUAUGCUCAAAGCAGAUCCAUAUUCUAGCGUUGCGAGAAAAAAGUUAAUCGAAGGGGCUAGAGGCAUUCUGCAAGGCACAUCUGCGUUAUUGCUAUGCUUUGAUGAGUCCGAAGUGCGAAAAAUUAUUCGUGGUUGCCGUAAAGUUCUUGACUAUUUGGCUGUCGCUGAAGUAAUUGAGAGCAUGGAUGAUCUGGCACAGUUUGUUAAAGAUAUCAGUCCUUGGUUAACUCGAGUUUCACGAAAUAUUGAUGCAAGGGAAAAGGAGCUUACUCAUCAAGUUCAUCGCGAAAUAUUGCUAAGGUGUAUGGAUACUGUGAAAACUCUUUCACCAAUCAUGAUCUGUGCAAUGAAGAUAUUCAUUCAAAUCACGGAAGAAUCUCAGCGCGGGCAGCAGGAAGCAGCAGAAAAUCGUAAUUAUUUGGCGCAAAGAAUGACGGAUGAAAUGAAUGAAAUAAUCCGCGUGUUGCAGUUAACGACAUACGAUGAAGAUGAAUGGGACAGUGAUAAUGUCACUGUUAUGAGAAAGGCUCUUAAUGCUGCACAGAGUCUUCUUACCUCAGCUUUGGAUUGGCUUGCUGAUCCACGUGGUCGCGCUGGUGCUACUGGUGAAAAGGCAAUACGACGUAUUGUGGAUUAUUCUGAACGAAUUGCUGCACGAGCACUACCGGAAGAUGCUCGUCUCAUUAGGCGUACAGUGGGUGACAUCACCUCGAUGACUGAUUCACUUUGUGAAUUGCGUAGCCAGGGUGGCGACAGCCACGGUUUGGCCAAUGGAUGUGCAAAUAGAUUGAAGGAACUUGUUGGUACAAAAGAAAUUAGUGGUAUUUUACCUGGUGCACUUACGAAUACCCAACGAACUGGUGGUGCGCAUCCUGCACAUACCGUUGCAGGACGUCUUGAACAGGCACUCAGGUGGCUAGAUAAUCCAGGAGUUGACGAUGAUGGCUUAGGAUUGCAAGCCGUAAAAGCAAUGACAAAUGAAGCGCGUAAUCUCAGCGACUUACUGCCACCUGCAGAACGUGCUAAGUUGCUCGAUCUUUGUGUAGAAAUCGAUCGGCUUGCGGAUCAAUUGGCUGAUUUGGAACGUCGCGGUCUUGGAAAUUCUCCAACAGCGCAUGCUGUACGCAAUCAGUUACGUAAUAAAUUGCGCGAAUUGGCAGACUUCAUGAAGAAAGUAAUUACUGACCGGGUCGUUGAAGACUUUGCUGAUAUCAGCACACCGCUGAAGCAGUUUGUUGAUGCUGUAUAUGCACCACCAACAAUGCUUAAUCGUGAAUUGAACUUUGAAGAAAAAGCGCGUAACCUGAAUGAUCACAGCUCCAGAUGUGCAAAUACAGCACUGCUUGUUGCCAAAUGUGGUCCAUGCAAGAAUAAAAAGACCGUUGAAGCUAUAAUUGAAACAGCAAAUCAGGUGAAUGCAAUGACGCCACAAGUGAUCAACGCCGGAAAAAUACGUUUGCACAACAACAGCGAUUCAGCCAAUCAGCAUUUCGAUAAUUUACGACGCGAAUAUACGGAUGUUUUGAACAGACUUCGUUCUCAUGUUGAUGAUGCCAUCGACACUGGUGAUUUCAUUCGUGCUAGUGAACAAGCAAUGAGACAAUAUACAGUGUAUUGUGAGAACGCGAUUCGAAAUAAUGAACCGCAACAAAUGGUGGACAAUACAUCGCAAAUAGCACGCUUUGGGAAUCGUGUCCUCAUGACGGCCAAAAAUGAAGCAGAUAAUUCAGAAGAACCAAGCUUUGUGCAUAGAGUUAACAAUGCGGCUCAGCAUCUUCAUUCUGCGAUUCCUCCAAUGGUGAAUCAAGCGAAGCAGGUGGCACUGAAUCCUCGCCAUGGUGGUAAUGCACAGAGUUGGCGUGAUGCAAAUGAGCACUUGUUGUCGGCCGUACGGCAAGUGGGUGAUGCAAUAACAGGUGCGGGAGGUUCACGACCACCUAGUCAAAACAUGCUGAUUGAGUCGGUACCACCAAAAGCGCCUACCAGCCCAGUAGUUCACGACCGAGUGUACAUAAGAGAAGAUAUACCGACACCUCCGAGACCGCCACCACCAGUGGAAAUCAGUCCACCACCUCGUCCACCACCUCCACCAGAGACAGACGAUGAAGAAGAAACACGUGCUUUUUGGGAAAGAUAUCCAUUGCCCGGAGCAUCUAGUCAGCCAAUUUUGAGUGCCGCUCAUAAUUUGCAUCAGGAACUGCGUCAGUGGUCAAGUCAUGAGAAUGAAAUUGUUGCGGCCGCAAAACGUAUGGCCAUAUUAAUGGCUAGAUUAAGUCAACUUGUGCGCGGUGAAGGAGGGACCAAAAAAGAUCUCAUCGACUGCGCUAAAGCUAUUGCCGAUUCCAGUGAAGAAGUUACAAGACUUGCCGUUCAACUUGCUCGUCAGUGCACUGAUAUUAAGAUGAGAAUGACAUUAUUACAAGUGUGUGAACGGAUUCCAACGAUAGCAACACAGCUAAAAAUCCUUUCAACUGUCAAAGCUACAAUGCUUGGAUCUCAAGGAAGUGAAGAGGACGAAGAAGCAAUGCAACAGCUUGUUUUAAAUGCGCAGAAUUUGAUGCAGUCAGUGAAAGAUACCGUGCGUGCUGCUGAAGCAGCUUCAAUUAAAAUCCGAACAAACAGCGGCUUGCGGUUGAGAUGGAUUCGCAAGCCAAUGUGGUCAAAUUUUUGAAGUGGGCCAUACGCUACGUCCUUACAAAACUGGAAUUGGUGAUAUUUAAAGAGCGCUUUUAUUACUUUUUAUUCGCUAUGAAAUCCUUUCAGCUAUAUGAAUGCAGUGGCAACGCCUCACUAAUUUAAAUAUCUUCACAUUUGAUGUUGCCAAUGAUAAAUUAUUGUAGGAAAUAUACCUCUUGCUCAACAGUUCUAGGGCUAAGCGAAUGCGGUAUUAAUAAAUGUGCGACGUGGUGACGCUUGUUUUUUCUGGUCAGACCAUCAUUUAUCGUAAUACUAAACAGUGUGAAACGUGCUCAAAACAGCAAACGCAUAAGACUUAAAACGAUAAUGGUAAUAGUAAUAUAGUCAAUUUCUUUACAGUUUGCUAUGCUAAACACUUAUUUUCAUUCAUAAACUGUUACUAUGCUGUUUGAUGUCACCAUAAAUGCACUCUCUACUAUAAUAUUUUCUCCCCGUAAUUCUUCAUAGAUUACUUUUAACCGCAAAUCCGAGAACCAGUAUCCUCUCACUUUUUAUUCUAGCAGUGUGCCUCACAACUUUUAG